UUCUCCCGGUGGAUGCUGCGUUUCUCAGGGCGGAACAUGAAGGUGCUCUUCGCCGCCGCCCUCAUCGUGGGCUCUGUCUUCUUCCUGCUGUUGCCAGGACCCUCCACGGCCGAUGAGAAGAAGAAGGGGCCUAAAGUCACUGUCAAGGUGUACUUUGACCUGCGAAUUGGAGAUGAAGAUAUAGGCCGGGUGGUCAUCGGUCUCUUUGGAAAGACUGUUCCAAAAACAGUGGAUAAUUUUGUGGCCUUAGCUACAGGAGAGAAAGGAUUUGGCUACAAAGACAGCAAAUUCCAUCGUGUGAUCAAGGACUUCAUGAUCCAGGGUGGAGACUUCACCCGGGGAGAUGGCACUGGAGGUAAGAGCAUCUACGGUGAACGCUUCCCAGACGAGAACUUCAAGCUGAAACACUAUGGGCCCGGCUGGGUGAGCAUGGCCAACGCAGGCAAAGACACCAACGGCUCCCAGUUCUUUAUCACGACCGUGAAGACAGCCUGGCUAGAUGGCAAGCACGUAGUGUUCGGCAAAGUUCUAGAGGGCAUGGAGGUAGUGCGGAAGGUGGAGACCACCAAGACAGAUGGGCGCGACAAGCCCCUGAAGGAUGUGACAAUUGCAGACUGUGGCAAGAUCGAGGUGGAGAAGCCCUUUGCCAUCGCCAAGGAGUAGGGCCUGGGGACUUCCUCCCUUUGAGCAACCAUCUGUGCAGCCGUGUUGCCCCCCAAGGGGUGAAGACAGCCUGCCACAGGGCUCUGCGCUCCCACUGGCCCCAGUGGUGGCAUCUGACGGAGUGGACUCCUCCCCUCACAUUCCACAGGGCCCAGUUUUGUAACAAACUCCUACCAACACUGACCAAUAA